AUGAAGCCACAGGGCAGGGAGCCAAGGGCAAGAACAGCCGAUUUGGUAGAGGAGAUGGGCCAGGUUGACUUCAUUUUCUCGGACAAAACUGGAACGUUGACAGCAAACGAAAUGCGUUUCGCAGAAUGUGCCGUUGGCCGCUUGGUUUUCAGUUCUUUUCUGCAAGAUCCGCUUGGUGGCCCGGUGGGCGGAGUCCAGGAGGUGUGUGAAAUUUUGAGCCAGCCGGCUCAUCCGCAACAUGAGGCAGUUCUCUGGUUCUUUACCUGUCUGUCCGUUUGUCACACUGUGCAAGCAGAAGAAAAAGACGGGAGCGUGCAGUACUCUGGGCCCUCGCCUGAUGAAGUCGCCUUGGUAAAGGGAGCCUGCAAAGCAGGGAUCGUCUUCAAGGCCCGCAGGGUCGACAAAGAUCAGCAGCGUGCAGAGGUCAUCGUUUCUGGAGCACCUGGCAGACCAGAUCGCACAUUCUCGAUUCUGAGUGUUAUUGAGUUCACCGCAGAGCGCAAACGAAUGUCAGUUAUUUGUGAAGUCGAUGGACAGAUUCACUGCAUUACCAAGGGUGCGGACAUUGUCAUGAGUCCAUUGCUCGUGUCACCCCUGGCACAAACAGAGGAGCAGCAGCUGCUCAGCUUCUCGCAGAAGGGUCUUCGAACUCUUGUGGUGGCCUCCGUGCAGGUCGAUGCUUUGGCUUUUGCCAGCUGGCAAAGCAACUGGCUGGCUGCCAUGAUGUCGAUGGAUCGUAGGAUGCAGCUAAUGGACGAAUGUGCUGCAGCAAUCGAACGAAAUCUCGAGUUGAUUGGCAUCACGGCGGUGGAAGACAGGCUUCAAGACGGUGUCCCUGAGACUGUCGCCAAGGUAAAGAGUGCGGGCAUCCGUUUGUGGGUGCUUACAGGAGACAAAACGGAAACAGCUGUAGACAUCGCAUACUCCUGCAACUUGUUCACUGAUAAAGACACUCUGGCUUUUGUGACCGGUUCUUCGAGUAGCUCUGCUGCUUCCGAGAGCCUCCGUAAUGCGCAGAAAGUGUUGGAAGGGACAGAAGGCGGUGGCAUAGUACUAGACGGCCAGUCCAUCAAAUUCAUCCUGGAAGACUCAGUUGCCGCGGAUCAGCUCUUCGAGCUGGGGCUCAGGAGCAGGUCGUGCGUCUGCUCGAGGCUGUCGCCGUCCCAGAAGAGGAAGCUUAUCGAAUUGGUGCGCCUUCGCAGCCCGAAGGCUGUUACUUUGGCAAUCGGAGACGGAGCCAACGAUGUGCCAAUGAUUCUGGGAGCUCAUGUUGGUAUUGGCAUUCGGGGCAAAGAGGGCUCGCAGGCAGUGCAGGCGAGCGAUGUUGCGAUCUCACAGUUCAGACAUCUGCUUCCCCUCCUACUUUGUCAUGGACGGCGGGCAUACAGGCGCAUUGCCACGUUUCUGUGCUACUACUUAUACAAGAAUGUUGCGCUGGCCUGGGGUGAUGUUAUAUGGGCGCACCAGGACAAUUUUAGUGGUGACGUCGCCUAUCCUGAGUGGCUGUCAACAUCCUUCAAUGCAAUCUUCACGUCAUGGCCUGUUCUUGUCGUCCUCGCCUUUGACCAAGAUAUUCCUGAUGUUGCCGCAAACGCAAAUCCUCAAAUCUAUCAGGAAGGUGUCAGGAGAGACUGGUUCAAUCGGAAGCUCUUCGGUAUGUGGAUGGUGGCCGCUGCAUGGCACGGUUCUGUGGCCUGGGUUGUGCCAAAUCUGUCGUUUGGCAACACUGCGUACGAGACCGUCGACUUCUGGAGAGCCUCGACAACAUCGUUCACUAUCGUGAUAAAUGUGAUAAGCCUGAAACUGUUCAUUCACUCGUUUAGCCGCUCCCGUGCCACGUCUUGGGCCCCUGUCGUUGGGAGCAUUCUGGUGUACAUCGCAGUAUUGUUUCUUCUUGGGUAUGUCAGUCUCGGUCGACGAAUGCAGCCAAAUCUGUCUGAUGGCGGAAAUCCGCCAGUACCGGGCUGGAUCUUCAGCAAUGCAGCACCCCUGGUCCAAAUUCUGCUCGUUCCAGUGAUCGCAGUGUUGCCUGACAUUGCAUGUCUGACAUGGGUUCGGCGGCUAAGCCCGUCACCUCUCUUCCGGGUGGACCGGAAGGUUGUAUCGGAUAAUGAGAUACUCAUGUAA